CUGCAAUUUCCUUUUUUUUUUUCUCUUUUUUUCUUGGCUCUUCCUUUCAGGUAAGGAAAACCAUCUUUAGGAGGAUCUGGGGGUGUGGUAAAACAGGAACAGAAAGUGAAAACCCUAGCCAUCAUUCCUUUUUUCCUGUCAAAAAUCUUUUCUGAGCUUGGGGGUAACCGACUUUUAACAGAAGCGGCAAUAUGAGUCGUGGGCAAAUUGCUUUAAGUCAGCAAAGCUACUUUAUUGCUCACUUUCCAUCUUUCAAUUGAAAAGAAAGUGAAGCUAUCUUCGCUACCACUCAAAAAUAUUUUAAAAAUCUUUAUUUUGGACUGUGGGGUGGAGGUGGAGGUGGAGGUUCUGAAGCUGACCCGGUUAGUUCUUAAAAAUUCUUGCUUUCUUUCUUUCUUUAUUUGUUUUUUUUUUUUGGGUUGAUUGAAGAUUGGGCGUUUUACAGUUCAUAUCUUGUCAUCAAUCCGCGUUUCUUUUACGUGUUGUUUUCUUCUUCCCUUUCUGCUUUGCUUAUCGCGGGCUGUUUUCGCAGUCAGAUCUACUGGCUUGUCGCCGAAGGCAUUGAGGCAAUAUCGUGGUAGUUUGGUUUACUUUUGUUUUUCUGUUGGGACUUGGUUUCUGAGCAAAUGUAGGAAAAGGGAAAAAAAAAAUAUUUAGUGUGAAGUUUGUUUGUCUUUUCUUGACUUUUCUGAGGAAACGAGCAGGGGGUGGUGUUUAAUUGUUGAAUGAUAAAUUCUGCCACAGAUCCUUGAACUUAACUGUGACAUUGGUCUGUGUUUUGUUGAUGAUGAAUGCAGAUCAAGUCUGAUAGUUUGGAGUUGAUCUAGAGGAUAUUCGAGAUUUGUGGUUGAAUAGGGAGUUGUGAUUAUUGAACCAACGCGGUUUGUGGGUUUGUGAUAUUUACGAGAAUUGCUGAUUCGGAAGCUUAAAAAGACAUUUCAGGGUUUAUUGAAUAUGAAUUUGGAUUUUGAUUGAGACGUGGGAAUUGAUGCCGCUGAUAUAAAGAAUUUGGUGCUUUGGAGGUGUUGGGUCUGCAUUGAAGAGAUAGGUGUGCUGGAAAUGGCGUCGGGAGAAGGGAGACGACAUCGGAAUCUUGUGCCUCUUGCUGCAUUGAUCAACAGAGAGAUGAGGAGUGAAAAGAUGGAGAAGCCGACUGUGAGAUACGGGUGUGCUGCUCAGUCUAGGAAAGGAGAGGAUUACUUCCUGAUGAAGACAGAUUGCCAGAGAAUCCCUGGGAAUUCUUCUUCAACCUUUUCUGUAUUUGCGAUCUUAGAUGGACACAAUGGGAAUGCCGCAGCCAUUUUUACGAGGGAAAAUUUGUUGAAUCAUGUAUUGGGUGCUAUGCCUCGUGGGCUUGGACGGGAGGAGUGGCUUCAAGCUUUGCCUCGGGCUUUAGUUGCUGGGUUUGUAAAGACGGACAAAGAAUUCCAGAGCAGAGGAGAAACUUCUGGAACCACUGCUACAUUUGUAAUAGUUGAUGGAUGGACUGUGACAGUUGCAUCUGUUGGCGACUCUCGAUGCAUAUUAGAUACUCAGGGUGGUGCUGUCUCUACCUUAACUGUCGAUCAUAGGCUUGAAGAAAAUGUGGAGGAGAGGGAACGUGUGACAGCAAGUGGAGGUGAAGUAGGAAGACUUAGCAUUGUUGGUGGUGCUGAAAUUGGUCCGCUCCGUUGUUGGCCAGGGGGUUUAUGUCUUUCUAGGUCAAUAGGAGAUAUGGAUGUUGGAGAGUUCAUAGUUCCAAUACCAUAUGUUAAACAAGUAAAGCUAUCAAAUGUAGGUGGGAGACUUAUAAUUGCUUCUGAUGGCAUUUGGGAUGCUCUGUGCUCAGAAAUGGCUGCAAAAUCUUGCCGUGGGUUGCCUGCUGAACUUGCUGCUAGGCAAGUUGUGAAGGAAGCAUUGAGGACAAGGGGCCUAAAGGAUGACACUACCUGCAUAGUUGUAGACAUAAUUCCUCCUGAUAAUUCAAUACAGCCUUCAACUCCUCCAAAAAAGCAAAACAAGCUCAGAGCUCUAUUAUUCAGGAAGAGGUCACGUGAUUCUGUGAAUAAACUAUCAAAGAAGCUAUCAGCUAUAGGUAUAGUGGAAGAACUGUUUGAAGAAGGCUCAGCAAUGCUUGCUGAGAGACUGGGAAGUGAGGAGUGCCCAGGGCAGCCUACAUCUGGUCUUUUCAUGUGUGCUGUUUGCCAAGUUGAUCUUGCUCCAAGCGAGGGCAUUUCUGUUCAUGCUGGUUCCAUCUUCUCCACCAGCUCAAAGCCCUGGCAGGGGCCAUUUCUUUGUGCUGAUUGCCGUAAUAAGAAGGAUGCCAUGGAAGGAAAACGUCCCAGUGGAAUUAAAGUUGUAUAACUCUGUUAUUGUUUUGCCUCAUUUUUUCCCCUUCAGUCUAUUCUUUUAAUCCCAUUUUCCUCAACUGGGGCAAUUGUUUGAAUCUCACUACAAUGUUGUGUCAAAUGUAUAUGUAAUCUCUCCAAAUAAUGCAAAAUUAGUUUCAUUA